AUGGAAAAUAGUACGGAAAGUGAAUUGACAUCGUAUGACUCGCAAAAAAGCACAAGUACUCUUUCAGGCAGAGAAUUAGAAAAGCUAUCCAAGAAGAAUGACAAGACUGAUCUCAAAAGUCUGAUAUCUACGCAUGAAAAUGUGAAAGAAUUAAUACCAACUGCUCGAAAACAUAUUAGAGAACAACCGGUUAUUAGAUACAAUCCAUGGAUGCCGUGGGAAAAGUUAUCUAAACGUGAUGCAAUGUUCUCGCGCACCGAAGCUUCGCUUAAUGCCGCUUGGAACGCAGCACUUUUUAUGGAUCAAAAACAGAUCAAAAGAAGUAGCAAAAAAUUGAAGCUUUUGCAACCUAAGGUUAGCAUAAAUCAACGAGCACGUAGGAUUACGUUUAGUGUAUUAAAUCGAUCAAAUCAAACAAGUGAUUCGUUUAAUAUUGAUGAAUUUCCCAUGAAAAAUAGUUAA